AUGAAGUCAACUAAAAGUAUUCUCCAGGCAUACAUUGAUAAUUCACUCCUUUCUACAACAAUGUCAAUGAUAUGCCAGGAGAUGGUAUCACGAUUUCCUGAAGAAUUAAAUUAUUCAACUUUCGAAAAGUUUUUAACAGAGUUUUGGGUAAGAGACUAUGGUCUGAAAAAGUAUAUUACCCAAAUUGUAGGCAUUUCAGCCAAUGCAUUCAUCGAUACUUUCAAAUUACUUGAAAUUGCCUUCCCAAAAAUCCACUUAACAGAUUCUCAAGACGAUGAAUCCGUGUCAGGACAUCCACUUCUUUCUCGAUUACCAGAUGAACAUAGUAAAACCAUCUGGGGAAAGCUUGCCGUCAAUACUUUGAUCGAAAUUGUCGAAGCCAUGUUCCUUUCCAUUCGUCUUGAGUCAGGAAAUAACAUAAGCGAUGAAGAAAAGAAGUUUAUGUGCAACCAAAUGUUUUCUUUCAUCGACGCAGUCCGUAAUGAUGCUAAUCAACGUUUCGACCUCAUUCCUUGCAAGAUUUACGCUCACUGCUUAUCAGUUCUUUCCGAAUUAAGAGGCCCAGGGAUCACCAAAGAAUUUGUUACUCGAAUGUCAUUACUUUUAACUUUUUCUCCAAUCGAAGUUGAAUUAUUCUUCAUACUCUUCUCCGAAAUCAUUAUUAGCGAAAUGAACAAUUUUAAUUCAAAGGUUUUAGAAGGAUAUAUCGAAGCAAUUGUCAAAUAUUAUAAGAAGAAAGAAGUUCCUCCUACAACCAUCGAAGCUAUGUUCCAAUGCUUGACAAACUUUAUUGGACAAGUAUUGGUUCACAAUUCUUCCCUUUCUAAUAGCGAUUUCAUUUAUAAGGCAAAUAAUUUUACUAAAACGUACACAGGACAAAAGGGAUACCUUGGCUAUGGCCACCAAUUCCAUGCCAUGCUCUACAACUUCUCAACUCAUAAGAAAAUGGCCCAAACUUUUGUUGAUUACGGAAAAAAGUACGUAGAUCCAAUUAUCGGCGACGUUAGCGGCGGAUUUUCUGCUAUUAUUCAAUUACAGCAAUUUAUCAACGGAUUAAACUACGCAACUCCCUACGGUUUACAACAAGGUGUCAAUUUCUCAUGGACACUGAACAACAAGAGGACAGACAACGCAUUUAUUGAGUACGCUGUGAAGGCCGUCUUGGAUCACCACGGUUCCUUCAAAUUUGCCCAGCAGGAACUGAGUAAAUUCAUUAUUCAAAUUGCCGUCAUCACAGACAAAGAAUUUAUCAACAAACUAAAUAAUUUCUUGAUGAACCCCUUCUUCGUAGAGAACAUUGAAGGCGUUUGCAUCGCGAUUCAUUCUUUAAUUUCAAAAGAUUCGAAAUACAAAGGCGACAAAACCGAAAUUACCAAGAUGUUGGCACGCCAAUGCCCAUCUAUCCUCUCAACACUCAUAGAAAACAGCUCUGUGAACACAAACCAGCUCUACAUGUGGCAAUCUUCACUUUCCCUAUGCAAAGAGUACAACGUUGGCGCUGAUUCCGUUGUUUCUAAGAUCCUCGAUUCAAGCCAUCCAAUCGCUUUCUCUCUACAGCCAACGAAAACCAUAACUCAGCAAUUAAAUCGCUGGCAGAAAGCGUUGCACAUAAUGAACAAGCCCGAAGUCUUCACCGUCAAUGACUCUAAUUUACCUUUUACGACAAGCGAUGGCUCCGUUGAUGAGGCUUUGUUACAAUUGACUUUGAUUAUGCCGGAGCUUCCGUACGAAUCGAUUCCUGUCAAGGCAAUGGUCGCAGGAUUAACAUCCGUGUCUCCUAGAAACGCAAUCGCUAUCAUUUUGGCUUUGGAAAUUAUUGCUUACAAAUAUAACCAAUUUGCGGAUAUUAUUAAUAUCGUAUUCGAAAAUAUGAUCGCUUCUCAGAACGGCUGUUCGAAUCUUGGCCUAUUUAUUACCAUCGUUUUGGUAAAUCAUCUUAUUGAAAUGUCAUUCGAGUCAGAUAUCAGAUUAACCGACGAUACUAUCACCAACGUUAAUUAUAUCUACAUUACAGGCCUCUGCGCCUCAUCAUACGCCAUCAGAUCUGUUACUCUUAAGGCUUGCAAGUAUGUACUCGAUAUAAAGAACAGAUCUUCGUAUAACUACAACAUUCUCUACGAGCUUAUACAGAAUAACGAGGACAGAAUCAACUACGACGCUUUGGUAACAAUUCAAAAUUCUCUUGACCCAACAUUGGAGCCAGAUCUUCCGGAAAUUACAUUUAACGAUGUUAUUACUUCGGCUUACGGAUUUAUUUAUAUGUUCCACUUAGCGCAAAUCGCACAUUUACUUGUCAAAGGAAUUUCGACCGAAAGCAGAUGCGGAUUACAUCUUAUUCUUACCAGAAUAAUUAAAGGAAACUUAGUUAACGGCGCAGAUGCUUGUCUUUCCCGUAAUGCAACCUUAAUUAUUACAAAUAGCAUUACACCAGACAUUUUAGAGAAGAACAACCUUGCGACAUUGAUGAUCAUACUACACAGAUUCUCCAGAACAAGAGAGGAGAACUACGCUUCACAACACGGCGCAUUAUUCUCCACAAUUGCACUUGGCAGCUGUACAGACAUCUUAGGAUUGAACACAAAGGAUCCUUGGAGCCUUUACUCAAUAUCUUUCGCAGCGAUGAGAGUUACUUCCUCAGAAGAAUUCAAACAAAUCAAAGAAGAAGAGUCUAAGUACUUCCCAUUCCUUCUGGACAUCCUUGAUAAGAUUUCCAACCAUAUCUAUACGAUCAAUUUCAUAGAUACAACCGGAAACAUCAAUCUCAAAAAAUUCGAUACAAUGCCACAUUUAAACGGCUUUAUUUCGAAUGUUUUGAUCACUCUAAGGCAUAUUGCCCAGUUGUACUACACGAAUCAUGCAACAAAUCUCCCUGGACCGUUCGAAUUGGAAUCCUUCCUCGACAGCAACGUUUUCCAGAAAGAUAAGUGGCCGCCGUGGGUCUGCCAGAUGCUGCCAACUCCUUUCGAACAGCUCGCAACCGAUACUUUGUCAGAUAUGACAAAAAUGCUCAUUCCUGACAAACAGUUAAUGAGUGUAUAUGUUUCUACCGCGAAGAAAUUCUCUCCUUCGAUCCUUGCAUCGUUCCUUUACCACGAUAUUUCUCAAUUGCCAAUGUAUAUCGACGAAUCCUGCCAUCCGAAGCGCCAGAUGCAGUCAGUCACGUAUUUCCAAGCCAUUGCCUUGAUGUUUAAGCCAUUCACAAGCGUCGCCCAGUGGAAGAAGAACAUCAUGGAGAAUGGCCAGACAGAUUCUUAUCCAGAACUAAGCGAAGCCAUACUCCAGAAGACGGGUUCCCUUCUCGCAAUCGCUCUAGCCUACUUAGCUAACACAGAAGUCCCAAGAGAGGUCCAUUUAAGAGCCUUGUCACUUUUUGCCAAUGUUUCACUUGGAACUUUAGCUAUGUUAGUUAAACCAAAAGAAGUGAAUGAAGUCCUUGAUGCGUUAGAUUCCAUCAAAUCUAUCAUUUCGUCAAGACAUUCACAAUUAUCUGGUGGAGCUGUUUGUAUGUUAUCAACAACCUUGUCAACGACACAUGUCUUUGCUACAGAACAGUUUGUAUCCACCAUGUUCAAGUUUAUCAUGAAAUGGCCACGAAUUCCCGCACUUUCACAGUUAAUUUCUCCAUGGAUUGCUUCUGUUUCUGUUUCUCCACGUUCACAAGUAUUAAAAGCAGGAGAUCCAACAUUCUACGCCUUCACUCCUUUGUCAUUCAUUGAUGCUGUUGUUGCUUUACCUUCUUCUCCAUCAACAUUCACAAUUGUCUCUAAAAUCAUCUCAAACCAAGAGAGAUUUACACAGGACAUUUUGACAGUUUUAUUCUAUAGAAUGUUGUUUUCCGAUGCUUCGUCAGGAGAAAUGGAGCAAAGAUCAGCAAUGUUACACGCAUUGAUCAAUACAUGGCCGGAGAGAACAGUUGAUUUGAUUGGAGACUGCUUGGGUAUCUCUGGAUACCACUAUUUCUCAAAACACGCAGAUGAUCAAAGAGAGUUUUCUUAUAUAGAAGUAAUUGAAACUCUUUUGUCAGUUUUGUCAAACGUGACAAAUAUUUUGCCAUUCCACAAAGCGAGGAUAUUGGCAUUUAUUUUGAUAAAUAUCGAUAUCUACACAGAAUCAGCUGCUCCUUUGAUUGUUAGAUUCGCUCCGAACUUCGUACAAACAGGAGAAUUCAUGGAGCAACUCAUUGGAGACAUCAAAGAAGUUUUCGGUUUGGAAUGCUUGAGAUGGGCUUGUUGCUGCUCUGAUUUGAGCCUUGCUACAAGAGGAGCAUUGUUCUACGGAAAGACACUGACACCUGUAACGACAGAAGGAAUUCUGAGUCUCACGAGAUCCCUCGGAAUGGCUGUGAACAUGUUACACGAAGCACCAACAGCAGAAGACUCAGUAACAGCGCAAAACUACAUAGAAGUCGUUACAGAAACAUUGUCAAGUGCGGUAAACAAGUUAUUGAGUAAUUCUAAACCUGAUAGCGCAUUGAGUGACUUGUUCUGGUUGGCAGCGAUGUUAUUACAGUGUACGGAAGCAUUGAACAUCAUUGAUCAUUUAUUAAAGAUUAUUUCAGCAUUGUUGAAUGAUGAGAAAACAAUGAAAGAAGCCGCAAUAACAAUUCCUAGUUCAUUUAACGGUUUCAUUUCACUUUUGGCCAGAUCCACAUUUACAAAAACCUCUGUUACAUUGUUAGUUGAUUUAUUGACAAGGCUUUCGAAAUACCCUAGAUUGGCAGGAGAUAAAGGUGCCUUGCAAUUAGCUUUGUUAGUUCCUCCUCUCGAAGAAUUGUUCCCUCUCGAUGACAAGUUAUUUUUCGCAGAAUUGGCAUCGCACAUGGGCAGUGAUUCUCUCGACUUACAGAAGUGUUUGACACAGUUGGCAUCUAUGAGAUCUGCUGGUGCACACACACAAAGAAUGAAAGUCAUUGAGGACGCAACGAAGAGAUUAAACGUCGAAGCAAUUGCAGAUGUCAUUGAUAUCUUCGACCAAGUUAAAAUUGCAUUGAGAAGAUACAGAUACGACCCAGUUUAUUUGGCAUGUAUCACAGUUGCAAACAAUGCGAAGAAUAUCAAAGGAUGCCACAUCGAAAACAUCGCAAGAGAAGCAGCGGAAGAUGAUAACCCAGAGAACGCUCCAACAAAGAAUUCAUUGCUGCAAACAAUUAACACGAAAGGAGUUGGAAUCGCAGAAAAAGAGAAAGAAAAAGGAAAUUCAGUUCCUAAAUAUGUUGAAGUACAAAUUCCUGAAAGAAGCAUAACAAGUUAUUCCUUCGAAACACCAGAAAGCUUCCCUCCUUUGUUCGCUUACAAACCUUCUGAUGCUCCAAAGGGAUCAAAGUUCUUGGCUGACACAGGUGUUUCCAAGAAAUCUCAGCAGUUGUUUGAUAACAUGCCGCUCGAACCAUUCGAGAAUUUGGACAAAUUGAUCAAGAACAUGAACGAAUACGCUCCGGAGUUGUUGAUUACUGGAAGAUACGACGUACAAUACGACGGUGCAAUUUUCGUUAACCAAUUCACUAACUACAAACAUAAUGCUGCUGAAGAUAAUACUACUGACGGAAAGUAUUUCACAAGCGUUUUCAACCUCAAAUUGUAA